CUACUGUCCGUUGUUUCAUACAGAUCAUUACCAUUUGAACUUAGCAUACUCUUAAGAUAUUUGCAUUCCUUUGAUCUCGUCUACCCACAACCGGGAAACAUUCAUUUUCUACCCACCAAUACCAACACCGCAAACCUCCACUCAAACCACCACCAACCACAACCGCACCCCAAAUCUCCUCCGAAAAGAACAUGUCCUCAAAUGUCGGCUUGACCACUCCCCGCGGUAGCGGCACAUCUGGCUAUGUCCAGCGCAACCACGCCUUCAUCAAGCCGCGCAACGCGGGCUACGGCGCGCCAUACCCGCCCAUCUCUGAAGACGGCGGGUUUAAACAACGACAGCCUGAUAGGAAGAUCCUGGAACAUGAUCGGUUGAGAGGAAUUGAGGUUAGGGUUAUGGAAGAGAGGGAGAGGUUGGAGGAGGAGAAUGAACGGGUUGAGGAGGAGUUGGCUGAGGGGAAGAAGGGUGGGAAAGGAAAGAAUGAUGAGGAUGAGGAGGAUAAGGAAGAAGGCGAAACAACAAAGAAUGACAACGAAAACAAGAAGAGGGUCCUGUCAAAUGAAGAAAUCGACGAACGCUGCGAAUCCCUCCGCCAGAAGCUACUCAAAGAACUCGACGACGAAGCCAACACCCCCUCUGAUAGCCGUGACCGCCGCGGUCGUCGCGCUGCACCGAAAGAAAAGAAGCAGUUCAAGGCGUAUCAGGUGCAUGAGCUGGCGGAGGCGAAGAUCGAGGAGAGUGAGCGGUUACGGAAGGCGUUGGGGAUUCGGGAAGAUAGGGAGACGGGGGAGAUUUCUAGUGGGUGGAGAGAUACUCGGGAACGGCGGUGAUUUCUGGGCUGUAGGGGGUUUAUUUGUGAUGAGAUGGACUGGAUGGAUGUAUUAGGGAUGGUAUGGCGUUUGGUGUUCGUUGGUUUCUAUGUGUGUAACUAUGCAUUGCAUUUGUUUUAUGGAAUGGUGAAGUGAGAUUUUAGCAUGGCUGCCGUUUAAUUGAUCUGUGAUUCUGUGU